GUUUGUAAUAUAAACAAGCUAAAUAUUAUCCUUUAUAAACUAACCGCAAAAAUUGGGUCUUUAAAGUAUAAAUUUUGUUUAUCUCUCAUAGUAACUAUAGUUGCAGUAAUGGCGUGGAGAAGUCAUGGGGUAAAUAAUGCUGAUAUGAUCAAAAAUCUAAGAGGUACGACUAAUGUUUAUACCUAUUCCUAGGUCUUACAAUAAAUUCUGUUGAUUUUCUGGGUUAGCUUGGUUAGCUUAAAAUUACGUUUGCAAAAAUUGAUACCAAUGGAAUAAUUAAAUCUGAUGUUGUAGCAAAUGCUAUGAAUGCGGUUGAUAGAAAGAAUUAUUGUCCUUAUGCUCCAUAUCAAGACUCUCCACAAUCUAUAGGAUAUUCAGCUACAAUUAGUGCUCCACAUAUGCAUGCACAUGCCUUAGAAAUAUUGAAACAUCAGCUAAUUCCUGGAGAGAAAGCCCUGGAUGUAGGUUCUGGUUCAGGUUACCUAACAGCUUGCAUGGCCAUUAUGCUUGGGGAGACAGGGAGGGUUAUAGGGAUUGAUCAUAUCUCAGAACUUGUGGCACUUGCUACAAAAAACAUUCAAAAUGGCAAUCCAGAUUUACUGACUUCAGGAAGAAUUAAACUUAUUGGUAAGAAUGCACUUUCAGUAUGCACAAUUUUGGUUGUAAUAGAUAAUAUUAUAUUAACUUAAAUUUAUUAAUAUUAUUAUCCAUAAAUCUCUGCAGUAACUUAAUGCCUAGACAUCAUAGAUUUUUGUAACUUUCAUGUUGGUCUAGUAGUUGUAAUGCGACUGUUGAUCAUAAAUGUUCCCGGAUUCGAAUCCCGAAUUGGUAAAAAUGAGACUAAGCAGCCCGUAGUCACGUAGUUGGUGGUAUUUCACCACCGUGCAUGGGUAAGCACGCAAAAUCGUUGGUCCUGCGCCUGAUCUCUCUUCUGUUGUAUCGAAUUAUUAUAUUAUUGUCUCAUCGGUCUAUGAGAGUGAGAGAAUAGAGAGUGUGCCUGUGCUAUAAAUCUGUUCUAUGUAAUAUAGUCUCAAUGGAGACUAACCAUCUGAAUUGUUAAAUAACUCACCCAAAAUAAUAAAUAAAAUAAUAAUAAAUAAUAAAAUCAUAAAUAAUUUAAAUCUAUAUCUAUACAAAUAAAUAAAAUUGAAGUGUCUGUUUGUAAUGUCAAAAUUACAGUUUUUCACUAAACGCAUAUGAAAGUAAAUACGGUACUUAUAACUAAAAUACAAUUUUUAAAAUUUUUGUCUGUCUGUCUGUCUGAUUGAUGAAACGGCUGGACUGAUUUUGAUGGGACUUUCACUGGCAGAUAGCUGAUUUCAUAAGGAGUAACUUAGGCUACUUUUAUUUUAGAAAAAUAAUUAGGGUUCCACGCGAAACCAUAAAAACCCUAACACGCGAACGAAGUCGCGGGGAACAGCUAGUAAUACAUAAUAUGUAUUACCAAUAAAUAUUACGAUAACGCUUUAAAACAAACCUCCUGUAUAUACGAUGCAUGAGCAAUGCAUCCUGCAAUAGCAGAUCAUUCACUUAAUAAAUAAUAAGUGUAAUUUUUUACUUCACCCUCAUAUUUAUUAUUGUCGGCGAUAUCGGUACACGGUAAAGUUUCUAUAAACUUAUGAUUGUACCGUAAUUUAAUGUGUAAUUAAUAAAUGUAAUGUAUGAAAUAAAUAAAUAAAAAUAAAUAAUAAAAAAAGCUCGUUACUUUAAAAGACAACUAACUUAAAAUGACUCGCUGACUGUUAUGGUCAGUUUGCUUGUUUUAUUUUAAAUUAAAAAGUACUACUAAAACUUAAUUUUGAAAAUAUAAAAUAGUUUAUUUACAGUAAAUAUUUAUACUUAAUUAACUUAAUCAUAUAGCAAACAACAUAAAUAUCAUUAUUACUCCCACUCCCAAAUCACCUCAUCACCAAAAAUAAUAUAACCUGGCUCUGAUUUUAGCUAGAUGAGAUAAUGUUUUUCAGCUGGCGAUGGUCGUGUAGGAUAUCCCGAAGAAGCCCCCUACAAUGCUAUUCAUGUCGGAGCAGCAGCACCAACAUUGCCCCAAGCUGUAAGUCUUACAAAAGUUAUUCACUAGCAACUUGCGAACAAUUAAAACAAGUCGCUAACUAAAAUCUUGAUAUCACAGGAAAUAUGAAUACUAGGCUAGUGAAAUAAAAACUGUGUGAGCCAUAAUAUUUAGUAAUUUAAAAAAAUUGUGUAAAGUAUGGAAAUUGUUAUUGAGUAAUGAUAAAAAAGGAAAAACUAAAAUUUUCAUAAAAUUUGAAUUAAUUAUAUUUGAUUAGAAUUUGUUAACUGUGUAGUGGCGGUGUAAGAAUAUCCACUACCCCAUAUCGUCUCAAGGGUGUCGUAAGAGGCGACUGAGGGAAAAUGAAACUGAGGGAGAUGGGCAGCAACAUCUUCCUGAUAACAACACAAAAUUAUACUGCUGCCAACCCGCUUGCCAAGCAUCUCAACUAUGAGGGAGACCUAUAUUCAGCACUAGAUUUUUAUAGGCUGUAAUGGACGAUAGAUUGGAAUUUGUAUAUAGGCAUUUUUUAACAGAAAGUGUUUAAUGUCGCUCACACUCGACAUAGUUGUGAUGAUAGAAUACGGUUUUAUACGUGGUACAGCCAUGCUGCCGCUAUAUUAUGGUUGUAGCACGAUUGGGUCAGCUCGACCGGGGAAGGACCAUGCUCUCACAGAAUACCAGCGUCAAAUAGCAGCUUAACGCUGCUGUGUUUCGUAUGGUGAGUGUAGAGAACCGGAGACCCUUUUUACCGGAAACGAGGCAUUCCAUCUUAGUCCCCACGGGUGACAACGCAUCUGCACUUUGAUUCUUAAUCCGCUAAAAAUUUACCGCUAAAAAGAACCCCUUUGUCGUAUCUCCUCAGUUUCAAGGUACUCCCCUUGUUGCCUCAGCCAGUAUCGGAAUCCUCGGCGUCGACAUAUCGAGUAGCGUGCAGUUUCGUGGUCACUUGGAAGAGAAGGCCAAAUUGGCCUCUAAAAAGCUUGGCGUGCUCAGCAGAGCGGGACAGUAUUUCAUGCCGGCUCAACGCCUGCAACUUUACAAGGCGCAGGUUCGGCCUCACAUGGAAUACUGUUCCCAUCUCUGGGCUGGGGCUCCCCAGUGCCAGCUUCUUCCACUUGACCGCAUCCAGCGCAGAGCGGCUCGAAUCGUCGACGACCGAGUCCUUUCCGAUCGGCUCGACUCAUUGGCACUGCGAAGAGAUGUUGCAUCUCUUAGCAUUUUCUUUCGCAUUUACCAUGGGGAGUGCUCUGAGGAAUUGUUCGGAUUAAUCCCAGCCGCCAAAUUUCACGAACGCACAUCGCGGCAGAACUCCCGGUACCAUCCACACCAUCUGGAUGAUUGGCGGUCCACCACUGUGCGAUUUAGAAGAUGUUUUCUUCCUCGCACAACUUCCUUGUGGAAUAGUUUACCACCAGCGAUUUUUCCGGACCGAUACGACUUAGGGACCUUCAAGAAAAGAGCCUACUCCUUUUUAAAAGGCCGGCAACGCAUCUGCAAUUCCCCUGGUGUUGCGGUUGUUCAUGGGCGGCGGUAGUCACUUACCAUCAGGUGAGCCGCAUGCUCGUUUGCCCCCUCUCCUA